AUAUUUUCCCCUCUUGCUGACCAAUCAGGAGCUGUUUUCUGCAUUCCCGUGUCUGAGUGAACCGUAGUGCUCUGGCUGAUCAGAAGCUAGCGGAGCGAUUUUAUUCAACCAAGGAAGAGCUGCGUGUUCGAAUCGCGGACAAGGGACUGCUUUCUGCAGAAAACUACAAGAGAACUGUGCCCAGUUGGUCAAAUAACGGAACCUGGUGCAUUGCUUGCGUCUGGACCAUACACCAUCUCUCUACAGCGACGGAUCAUCUACAUUUGAUCUGAUGGAGAUGGAAGCCCCAGAGAGGACAGUGCCCUGAGAGUGAGCCCUAAAGCAGGGCCCCAGCAGUGAGCCUCAGCCCCUGCCUGGCCUGGGGAUGAUGGGGAAACUGAAGCAGAAUGUGCUGCUGGGCUGCCUGGCCCUCAGCUCCAUCAGCGUGCUGUACCUGGGCCGCCACGCCAUGGAGUGCGGCCAUCGCGGCUCCGACCUCGGCCAUCGCCACGACUCCCCCGGCAGCAGGAACCUGAGCGUGUCCUACGGCAAGGACACGCCGCUGAUCUUCAUCGGGGGAUUCCCGCGCAGCGGCACCACGCUGAUGCGGGCCAUGAUGGACGCCCACCCGCUGGUGCGCUGCGGGGAGGAGACGCGCGUCAUCCCGCGCAUCCUGGCCAUGAAGCAGACCUGGAGCCGCUCCGGCCGCGAGAAGAUGCGCCUGGACGAGGCGGGCGUGACCGACGACGUGCUGGACUCCGCCAUGCGCGCCUUCCUCCUGGAGAUCAUCGUCCGGCACGGCGAGCCCGCGCCCUUCCUCUGCAACAAGGACCCCUUCGCCCUCAAGUCCCUGUCCUACCUGGCCAAGAUCUUCCCCCGGGCCAAGUUCAUCCUGAUGAUCCGCGAUGGCCGCGCCUCCGUGCACUCCAUGAUCUCCCGCAAGGUCACCAUCGCCGGCUUCGACCUGGACAGCUACCGCGACUGCCUGACCAAGUGGAGCCGCGCGAUCGAGAGCAUGUACGAGCAGUGCCUGGAGGCCGCGGGCCGCUGCCUGCCUGUGCGCUACGAGCUCCUGGUGAUGCACCCGGAGCGCUGGAUGCGCAGGCUGCUGGACUUCCUCGACGUUCCCUGGAACGACGCCGUGCUGCACCACGAGGAGCUCAUCGGCAAGGCCGGCGGUGUCUCCCUCUCCAAGGUGGAGCGCUCCACAGACCAGGUGAUCCGGCCGGUGAACGCGGACGCCCUGUCCAAGUGGGUGGGCCACAUUCCAGAGGACGUGCUGAAGGACAUGCCCCUCAUCGCCCCCAUGCUCGCCCGCCUGGGAUACGACCCGCUCGCCAACCCUCCCAACUACGCCAAGCCUGAGCCCCAGGGCUGGGGCAGCUCCAGACGGCUGCAGAGGUUUCCAGAAAUCCCGAGCCCCAGUUAACAGGAGCAAGAGGAGGAGGAGGAGGAGGAGGAAGAAGAGGAAGACUGUUGGACGUUCCUGGGCUGGGGUGGGGGACGGUUGUGUGCACUGUUGUGUCCGAUCAGUAAGAAAUGAGGACUUGGUAUUCCAGGAUAUUCCUGGAAGCUGGAAUGUUACAGGAGAACUGGGGCAGGAGGAGCGUGGCAGGAGAACUGGGGCAGGAGGA